UUUCAACGCGGUGUGAUCAAAUGCAGUUAAUUUGUAUUGUUGUUCGACUCGACAUUUUCUAUGGUGCUCUUUUGCUGUUAUUUCUGCACACAUUUUUGGUAUCAAUUUGAUUAAGUUAUUUUGUUUUUUGUCAAAUUACGAAACUAAUUUAAUAAUCGAAUAGCAAUGGUGGAUCUAACUGAAGAUUCGAUUAAUUUACGGGCAUUGAAGAAAAUCGAUGACAACAUUCGCGAGAUAAUAAUUUGUGCGGGCCAGGUAGCCGUCUAUUAUUAUGAUAUCAAUCAAAAUGACUGGGUACGAAAGAAUAUUGAGGGGACAUUGUUUUUCGUUCGCCGAAGUAAUCAACCGGAAUAUGCAUUUGUCGUUAUUAAUCGCUUGAAUACGAUCAACUUUGUUCAGAAAAUUACCAAAGAUCUGGAGAUAAGUGUACAAAGUCCAUAUCUGAUGUAUAAAAAUAUUGAAAAAGAAAUCUACUGCAUUUGGUUCUAUGAUGCCGACCAAUGUGUCACGUUGAAUGAAAACAUCAAUCAGGCUAUGAAUUUGAUUAAAGGCACGCCAUCCAAAUUAUUGUUGAAUGGCCGAUCCAAUACACCGAAAUCAAAACAAGCGGCUUCAUCCGCAACACCCAACCAUAAUAACCAAAAUAAUAACAGCCAACCACAGGCUUCGGAAAUAUUGAAAAUGUUAUAUAAUCCAGCUUCGUUAGGUAAUUGUGGCGAUCCGAUUUUGCCACCGUCGGAUUCGAUGAAACCGCAACUGUUGAUGAAUCAUCAUUCGAAUGAAAAUCACAUUGAACCGAAAUGCAAUGAUGAUUUGGUCAAACCUAUCGCCCAACGUAGAAGUGUUAAUCUUAAGGAAUUGUUCGAAUCACAAUUGGUUCUGCAGGAAAGUUCGAUAAAAGAAAAUUCUCAACAUUGUCUUGUGGACAACAGCGAUUCUCAGUCCAAUAAUAAGCCACAAGCAUCGACCCCGUCAUCAUCGAAACCAACGCCAAACAAAAACGAAAUAUUGAUUCCAUCAUCCACAUUUAUGACUGAUGAUUUGAAGAAAAAAAGUUUGACCUCUAUUCCAUCGAAUUCAGCAGCAAACGCGCCAUCGUCAAACCAUGCAGGGCUCAUUUUGCUACCAGAUUAUCCUACAGAAUCACAACCACCACCACCACCACAAAAUUCAACUGUAAACUCAGAUAUUGUUGAAACGCAACAACAAAUGCAAAUGGUGCCUAAUAUUAUGCCCCAACAAUCGAUUCAUCCAUCGCAAAUUCCUUUUCCAAUCAAUUUCGAAUCUGGCUAUCAUCCAUUGCCGCCACCAUCAGCACCGCAAAUGUUUACAAAUUCUUUGGUCAACUGCAUUCCACCGAAUGUAUUCGAUAUUCAACAACAACAUGAGCAUCAUCAGAUGAUGCUGAAACAGCAGCAGCAACAACAACAACCUGUCACACCAAUUCAAACUGGCCGGACAUCGAUUUCCAAAUCGGACAUGUAUCUAUCUAUGGAACAGUUGAAAAAGACAUUGAUUUAUUUAUUGUCGAAUGAUGCCGAUUUUCUCCAUGCUAUACACACUGCUUAUGUGGAAAAUAUCAAAAAAUGAUGAUGUAAAAACAUGCGACAAUUGUGGAUCAUCAUUAAUGAUAACUAUCAA